AUGAGCAGCAAUGAAGACAGAGAUCGUAUGAUGCGUGACAUCGCAAGUUUUCUUGAAGAAAUGGAUGCUCAUAAUGCUUAUUUGCAUGCUCGUUUGUACGAAACGAGAAUGAAUGAGGAAGAACAAUUGUUGGAUGUAUGAUUUUGAAAGUUUUGAACUAAAUGACAUAUGCAAAUUUUAUGAUUUCAGAAUUAUUUCGAUAUCGCUGUCGGAAAUGGGAACUAUAAUAGAUUUCCAAUAGAGAUCUACAACGAGAUCGAAGUUUUGAGCUUGUUCUAUCUCAGAAUCAAAAGAAACACGCGAACAAUCUUGGUUGGUUUUAAAACAAUAUUUUUUCAUAAAGCAAAUAAUGAACUUUUCAGGCGAAUCUUCGCGGCGGUCAAAAUCGCAUCGUGAACUUGACUCUUGCUGAUGCUCAACGUGGCUUGGUUCGUCGCUUGGUUGAGGUAAUUUUUCAAAAAAAAAAUGUCUCCAAUGAAAAAUUAAUUUUCAGUACAUCGAAUUCCUCUUCGCCACCGCAGCGGAAAAUCCGGACAUCAACUAA